UAUCUCUGGCUUUCCGUCGUUGUCUUUAGGGCUGGACACCGAAUCAGGUGUUUUGCCAAGCAAUCGUGUCCGGUACGUAGUCUAAACUCAGCAACGGCUUCGAUUCUUGGCCAGUCGGGUAUGUCGGAGAGUGCCACUGUCCACUGUUUCUCCUUUGUUCGAGCUUUGAGUUCGUUGAACCUCGAGGUCUGGAAUUCUCUCCUGAUUAAUGCCUUCAUUGUGUGGAAAGACAUCGACCAGUGCAUGCGUUGCAAAAUCGUUGUCCCCUUCUUAGGAAAUGUCAGCUCAUAG